GUACAUUUAAAAAUUCAGUGAAGGGUGUGGAGGCACAAGAAAACAAAGGAAGAAGGCGAAGGGGGACAGUGUGAGAGAGACCCGCAUCUGAUCCGUCCGCCCAAACCAACUCCUGUUUCCAACGCCAGUCUUCGUUCUUCAAGACUCAAGUUCUCGCAAUCCGCCACACCCCUUUCUGUCAACCUCUCUGCAGCACGUAUCUUCCCGGCGCCUGAAUCUGCUUAAAUCUAUUUCCCCAAGCCGCUUCCUCUCCCUGUUGAAAGCGGAAAGGGAUGGAAAAUGGAGGGGGGAGUUUAGAGAGUAAAUUGGCAGGUUUGCGCAUGCAGGAUCCGGGAAACAUCAGUGGGAGCAAUAACGAUGGGCUAUUCCAGGUCAAAAAAGCUGUAGAGGCAGCUGAAACUACUAUUAAGCUACAGGUUGAAGAGAAUAAUCAACUUAGACUUGAGCUUCAAAAAAAGAUCCAGGAGCUUGAAAAAUAUAAAUCAGGUGGGCUGAAAAGUGAGAAUUCUCAUUCAGCUGAACAAUGGGAUGACUAUCAUCACCAGCCACAUGGAACUCUUAUGUCAAACUCACAUUUUGGAAAUCAAAGUGAUUGGCCCAACAAUACCCCAAGGCACACUCUUCCUAAUAAUCUUGUCCAAAAUGAUACAUUUACUAGUCUACAAGCACAGGGAGAAAGCAGCAGAGAGCCUUCCAAUUUCAGUGGCACACUUAGAAUGCUCUCUGGUGGUCAGACAUCUCCGGAUCCUUCAGGAUUUUCUCAGUUGUCAUCACCUUCUGCGUCACCAUUUUCUGCUAGUAGGUACCAAAAAGAAGGGGAACAAGAUAGGUGGCUUAAUGCACCUGGACAAGGGUUGAUGCCAAUAUAUGACCUAAAUAAUCCCAACAGCUUGAAGCAGAUACCUGAUCGAGAACAAGAGAUUUCACUACUUAGAAAACAUCUUGGGGAAUAUUCAGUCAAAGAAGCCCAAAUACGCAAUGAGAAGUUAGUUCUGGAAAAGCGAAUUGCUUAUAUGCGCAUGGACUUUGACCAACAGCAACAGGAUCUGGUUGAUGCUGCAUCCAAAGCAAUAUCAUACAGACAAGAGAUUAUUGAAGAAAAUAUACGCCUUGCAUAUGCAUUGCAGGCUGCACAACAAGAAAGAUCAACAUUUGUAUCAUCUCUAUUACCACUACUCGCAGAGUAUUCUCUUCAGCCUCCUGUAGCUGAUGCUCAAUCAAUUGUUGGUAACAUUAAGAUUCUUUUCAGACAUUUGCAGGAAAAGCUUUUUGUUACAGAGGCGAAAUUAAAGGAGUCGCAGUACCAAAUGGCUCCUUGGUUGUCUGAUGUCAACUCCAAUUUUGCUAUGUCACCUGUUGACUCUGCUGAGAUUAAAGAUGGGCUUGACCUGGUACCGCAUCAAAGAUAUUCUAGUGAAAGAGUGAUUGGAUCUACUGAGCUUGGGACAGGAAGAGAUCAGGAUCCAUCAGGCCGUCCUCACUAUGAGAUUACUGGUGAUACUACCAAAGGCAUGGGUGGAAAUGAUUUCAGAAGUUUUUCACCAUCUGCAAGCAGGCGUAAUGUAUCUGUAGGUGUAUCUACCCAGUUUGCAAUCAGCCACGACCAACCCAUUUCUAAGUCAACGAAUGAAGAAAUACCAAAUAAACAAGUGACAUUUAGUGAUAUUACCAGCACUACUGUGACAUAUGAACUUGACAUUGAGAGAACUCAAAGUGAUAGAGAACCUUCAGCCAGUUGGGUUUCUAAAAGCUCUCCAUAUGCAACUUCACAAGAGGAUCCAAUCUCCACAUACUCCCCAUAUUUACCUCCUGUUAUGGAGGAACCUACUUCUUCCUUGUCAGAAGCUGCAGAUGAUGAUCCCUUACCUGCAAUAGAGGGUCUCCAAAUUUCAGGUGAAGCAUGUCCGGGACGAGAACUCCAAGCGUCUGGAUACUCCAUCAAUGGAACAACCAGCUGCAUUUUUGAGUGGGUUCGGCACAAGGAAGAUGGAUCUUGUAGUUACAUAGAGGGUGCCCAGCAACCUGUAUAUCUUGUUACUGCUGAUGACGUUGAUACAUACCUCGCCAUUGAAGUGCGGCCACUGGAUGACAGGAAGCGAAAGGGUGAAGCAGUGAGGGUUUUUGCAAAUGAGCACAGGAAAAUUACUUGUGAUCCUGAAAUGCAAACUUGCAUAGAGAGAACACUUCGCUCUGGACACGCUUCAUUUAAAGUAUCCUCAUGGACAGGAUAUCUAGACAUAUGGGAGCCAGCUACUAUGGCUAUAAAGAGGGAUGAUUUCAGUAUUAGAUCUAGUGGAACCAACAGUGUUGUGGUUGCUGAAAAAUUUUCACAAUCUAUAACUGUCUCUAUUCCAUUUGCCUGCCCUGGGGAGUUUUCAAUAACCGACAGCCAGGGAUAUGAGCAUCUGUUGAGGGCAACUGAUAGUAGCUAUUCCAGGGAUACUAUUGUUCUUAUCAUGAAAUAUCUCAUCAUAAAGGCUGGUGAGAAGAAAAGGAAGAAUAGAAAAAGGGGCCUGUUCUUCAACAAGUAAGGAAAAAAAGCAAAAAAGGAGCUUAUUCAUUGUCUAGUGCAUAUAGAUCGAGACUUUGUAGUAUUCACAGCAAUUUUUUAGUUACCAACCAAUUAAGUAUAUUUUUGUUUGUUUGGUUGGGUGUGUGCAUCCUUCGUCCUCUUUACUUUGUCACAUCUGACUGGCUUAGCCUCCAUCUCUAGCCACCAAAAAAUUGAAAAAAGUAUCUGUAAAGGUUGAUGUAUAGAAAGUUCAAUGAAAGCUAUUGUAGUAUUGUAAUAGCCAAAUUUAGUUUACUUUUUGCUGUCUUAGAUGAAGCAUGAACCAAUUUCGGUAUUCUUGGGCAUGGAUUUGGUGAAGUGUGUCAUUUCCUUCUGGUGGUAUUCGUUGUUUCGGGAUAAAAUCAAUUGGUAGAAGGAACAUUUAGUUUUGUGGCAUCAUAGCCUCUCGAUUCUAGAAGUAUAGUGAUUUAGCUUGUAUUUGCAGAGUGUUAAACAAGGUUUCAUUGCGUCUGUCUGGGUGUUAAAUAUGUUUGGCAUUCCUUUUAGCAAUGCAUCAAGAUGUAACUACUCUGUAUAUGUUUAAUGUUAGUUUUAGCAAAUGCAUAAAAAAGUUACCUAACUCUUGAGUUAUGUAUAUCAGUGUUUAAAAUUAUUAGAAGGGAAAAAAGUUACAAGACUGGGUCUUG